CUUUCCUACGCGACGGCGACGGCUAUCAGAAGCCCACUACCAGCCGGUCCAGCCCAUUGUUUUAGUGGGCUUUUUAUAGGAGUGCCCCUAAGUGCCCCCCCAUCAGUGAGAUUCAGUGGGAGAACCGGGAGCCAGUGGGAUAAUUGGAUUGGACGAGAGCUUAAGGUCCCCGCUCCAGAAAUCAAUAGCGGGCUAAAAAAAAACAACUACGAAGUACUACACGCCGAGGAGUGUAAUAAAGAGUGGGAAGGGGAGUCUUUGCCCACUAUGGCUUCGACAACUUUCUCUUUACCGCAGCCGCAAAGACAACACACUCUGUCUCGGUCCCCUAGAAAAUCUGGAAUCGCUACCGCUUCUACACCGAACCUCAAUAGCGUUUAUUCUGCACAUUCGAGACUCAUUCCCAGCUCGGGCGCUCUUGCGCGCAAAGCUUCAUUUGCUGCACUGACCCCUGGCUCAUUAGCCUCAAUUCCUGAUGACAGCGAGAGCUACGCCAUAGAUACUGUCCUCACCGAUUCAACGAACAAAAUGCCCCCUUUUACGCCAGGAAAGGGCGCCGGCGAUGGCUUCGACUUGGGUGAUAAUGUCGAGGUUCCUGGAAAUAUGACUGGAACUGUUCGCUUUGUAGGUUCAGUUGCCGGAAGGAAAGGCACCUUUGUUGGUGUCGAGCUGCAUCCCGAAUACGCCGUACGCGGCAAGAAUAGCGGCGAUGUUGAUGGUAUAUCCUACUUUGUUACUUCGACUCCUGGCUCUGGCAUUUUUGUACCCAUUCAUAAACUCUUUAAGCAACGCGACUCGCCCCCUACGCCUUCAAGUUCCCUUCCUCCCACCCCUGGAUUAAGGGUCGCCGGUCAGAAUGCCACGAACUAUACACCCCCGACUCCCUCAAUACCGAGCUUUAGCAAGUCUCUCGGCCCAGCCAGAGCUCCAAGCCCCCAAGGCAAACGAAAUAGACCAUCCUUACCACGUCCAGAAUCGCCUAUUCGCAAGUUAACAUUAACUCCGGCGCCCCGACCGAUGACAGCGACACCAGGCCCGAGGGCGCCCUCUCGCUAUGGAACCCCUACUGUCCCUAAGUUGGGAGCAAGUAUACGAGGCGUUCCUGGGGAUCCAAACAAGACGUUGAGACUGGAUAAGAAGCCAAGCAUACUCCCUAGAAGCGCGUCGGCUAUGGGGCCGAUUUUCAGUUACGACGAGGAAGAAACUACGCCUGUGGGCUUGCAUCCUAAGACCAACGGGAGCAUCGGGUCGGCAUCGUCACUAUUUAAGCGCCCCGCAUCACGGGCUGCUCACGUAAACGAGGAGGAAAUUGAACGACUCAGAGCCCAACUCGAAGACCGAGACCGACAAUUGAAGGAUCAAGCAUCUACUCUGGCUGAAAUGGAGAGUAGUCUAUCCGAGCUUACGAUGCUAAUAGAUCAGUCGGAUACCGGAAGGAUGAGAGCAGGUAGUCUUGACGAUAAGGACAGUUCGCAGCUUCGAAUGAUGCUUAGAGAGAAGAAUGAGAAAAUUGCCACACUUACUGCCGAGUUUGAUGCACAUCGAGCGGAUUUUCGCAGCACUAUCGAUACUCUUGAGAUGGCCAGCACUGAAACUCAGAGGGUUUACGAUGCUAAAAUCCGCGAGUUGGAGCAAGAGCUCCGCGAAGCACAGGAGCGACACGAGGAUGUCGAUAGCGUCGCGCGCCAGCUUAAGCAGCUCGAAGAGCUAGUCCAAGAGCUUGAGGAAGGCUUAGAAGAUGCUCGUCGAGGAGAAGCGGAAGCACGUGGCGAAGUUGAGUUCUUACGAGGCGAGGUCGAAAGGACAAGGACAGAAUUACGAAGAGAGCGUGAGAAAGCCGCCGCUGCCUUGAAUGGGGGUAACAGCGGAGAGGAUAAGUUAUCUAUGUCUAAGGAGCUAGAACAAAAGGAAGAUGAGAUUAGAGGUCUCAAGGCUAUUAUCCAUUCCCUCAGUAGGGACUCUAUUCCCGCCUCGGAUUCUUCGGAAAAGACGCCUACGCAGCCACAGCGCAAUAAUUCCCUGGUCAAUUCCCGGCCAAAUUCGCUCGAUAGCCGCUCGACAAGGGAAAAAUUGGAGCGAGAAGUAUUCGAAUUGCGCGGUCUCAUCGACAACAAGAGCCACCGAGAAGAGGAGCUCGAGCGCGAGAUCGAGACUCUCAGACGCGCCGGUGCGUCAAUGAAUCGUCCUAGCUCCACUACUAUCAGCAGCGCUAACCGAUCGUCGUAUCGCGAUUCGAAGGGGACUGUAGUCCCCUCGCGCGACACACGCUCACCUGACGCUGCUCACAAGCGUGUGAAAACUCUUGACACAAUGCCCGAGAGUGAUGCAUAUUCAUCCGUUACUGAGACUAGCACGCUCUGGUGCGAGAUUUGCGAGACUGGCGGCCACGAUAUUCUUACAUGCACUAACAUGUUCGGAUCCCAGAACGAGCAAAGCAAGACCACAGCGGGUGACCAAGCAUCCGACAAGUCCCAAGAGAGCUUUAAGAGCCUGUCGGUUCCCACCAGUGUUAAUGAAGACGAUACACCUCGUCCCUUAUCCCCAAUGAAGCCCAAGGCAGUUAUCGCGUCUCCCCCUCCUCCGGCUGCUGUUAAAAUCCUCCCUAACCCGCAAGACUUAGGGCCCUUGGCCGGCAAGGAUAGCGGUGUGGUAGAUCCGGAGAAGUGGUGUGCUUUAUGUGAGAGAGACGGGCAUGACAGCAUCGACUGCCCUCUGGAAGAUGCGUUCUAAUGGCUAUGCUUAUGGCAUUAAAUCUUGCUUAAUGACAACAAGAAUACCUGCAGCUUCAUUCUUGCAUAAUUUUCUUCUCUGUACACUUGCAGGGCCGGCCAUUUUAUUUCUACGGGAAACGCAUCGCGAUUAACGACUGCUUCGGACCAAUGAUACCAAAGAUUUCACCUUAGUACUACUUAUAAUUCGACCGUAGUCCGUGUUCCUCUUCGCG